GAAAGGGGCCUCCUUUGGCUGAUUUUUGUUCGUUUUACAUUACACGUGUGCUUGUAUCAGCGAAUCACCAAGCUUGGAUCUUCUCACGAUCAAAGAAACCUCUGCAAAACCCUAAUUAGUUUGUUUCCUUCUUCAAAUCUCUUUGCAAAUCGAACAACAUGCUUCGCCUCUGUCGAUCUCGAUCCAUUUCCUACACCUUUCGAACCUUGUGUAGCAGCACCGCCAACGUCUCCGCAAACCCUACCAAACAAGCCAUUGCUUCUCCUUCCGCGACUCUGAUCAACGACCAGGAUCCCCCAGCUCCUCCCGCCAAGAAGCCGUGGAAUCUUCUCAAGUUCGGCCUCGUCGGUGCCCUCACUGGAGCUUCGGUCGCUGCCGGCUACGCCACUUACGCAUACACCUUAGAAGAAGUGGACAAGAAGUCAAAGGCUUUCCGAGACUCUGUUAAUCAUGCUAUUGGAGAUAAUCCAUCCACUUUUGAUAAGUUUCAAAGUCUUCUUUAUACCACUGCGAUGACUGUCCCUAGUAAAGCUAUUGAGCUUUACUUGGAUCUCAGGAGUAAAAUUGAAGAACAAGUUCGGGGUUUUGCUGAACCUAUGUCGGAGAAGCUUCUGCCAGAUUUGCAUCCCUUGGAGCAGCAUGUAUUUACUCUUGUGCUGGAUCUUAAUGAAACCUUAGUUUAUUCUGAUUGGAAGCGUGAUCGAGGGUGGAGGACUUUCAAACGACCUGGAGUGGAUGCUUUUCUUGAACACCUAGCUCAAUUUUAUGAGAUUGUUGUGUAUUCAGACCAGCCUAGUAUGUAUGUUGACCCUGUCCUUGAAAGGCUUGAUACCAAGGGGUGUGUAAGGUACAGAUUGUCUAGAAGUGCAACAAAUUAUCGAGAUGGAAAGCAUUACAGGGAUCUUUCGAAGCUUAACAGAGAACCUUCAAGAAUUCUCUACGUGAGUGGACAUGCAUUAGAAUCCAGCCUUCAGCCAGAAAACUGUGUUCCUGUAAAACCCUGGAAACUUGAAGCAGAUGAUACAGCAAUUGUGGACCUUAUACCAUUUCUUGAGUAUGUUGCUCGCAACAGACCAGCUGAUAUAAGACCAGUAUUGGCCUCUUAUCAAGGACGAGAUAUUGCAAGUGAAUUCAUCCAGCGUUCUAAAGAACAUCAGAGGCGGGUGAUUGAGCAGAAGCAGCAGAGCCAUUUCUGGCGUCGUUGACUCGAACAAAACCAAGGAGAUACGAGACUACAGUGAACUUGGGAGUCAAAUGGGAACGAAAUGAGAUCGUACCGACAAUUUUCAACCACCAUAAAUUUUUCGAUGAUGUGCAGCUGGACGAUGUUAGGUUAGUGAAAUCUAGUUUCCUGCAUCAUGCCGAAGACUGUUUGUUGGUCUUGUCUUGGCUGUGCCAAGCAUGCCUGCUAAAUUUUGACACAGCUUCAAAUGUUCUUUGUGAAUCACAGUUUUGAUUUUAAUCCAUUAUGUUGGUGGUAUCAUUGUUUCUUUCA